AUGGGCAUGCACCUGUGCGCAUGGCAGGCAGUCUCGUCAGCUCCACUCUCCUCGUCGCCGGUACCACGGUACUCUGCCAUUCCCUCCACCACUCCCUCCACCACUCCACUCCUUUCCCAUUCUCGCUCUGAACCAUCUUUCUUUAUAUCAUCCCCCCUUUUCCUCACUCCCGUCCCUCAUGCUCCUCUCCCACUCUCCCCCUUACCUCUCUACCAUCUCCCCCUCGGCCCUUGCCCUUUUCCUCCUGCUCCACCUCUCCUCCUUACCCCUGCUCCUCUUCUCCCCUGUGCUCCUCUCUCCCCCUUCUCCCCCCUGUCCUCCCGGCAGGUGGGGGCGGGCAUAUUGGCGCUGCCAGCAGUGACGAGCGAGGCGGGCUUCCUGCCCUCCUGCGCCACCUGCAUCGUCUGCUGGCUCUACAUGUUGGCGACGGGCAUGCUGAUAGCAGAGGUCAACGUGAACACCAUGUGCGAGCUCGGGUCCGGAGGAGUCUCGCUGGUGUCCAUGGCACAGCGCACGUUGGGCACAGCGGGGGUGCGAGUGGCAGGCACCACGUACCUGCUCAUCCACUAUGCAGUCAUCACGGCCUAUGUCUCUCGCUCCGCUGACAUCAUCAGUGCUGCUGCAUCCCUCCCACACAGCCUCGCUGCUUCCCUCUUCACCCUCUCCUUCGGCGCCCUCUGCUACUUUGGCAGCCAGCGCGCCAUAGGGCUAGUGAACGGCAUGCUGGUGGCGGGAAUAGUGUUCUCCUUCGCCUUCCUGCUCGCCUUCUCCCUCGCUGACAUCCACCCCCAAGCCCUGCUCGCCGCCAACAUCGCUGCCGUCCCCGCCAGCGUCCCCAUCAUCGCCCUCUCCUUUGUCUACCAGAACGUGGUGCCAGUGGUGGCAACGAACCUAGAGGGCAACCUAAAGCGCAUCCGCACGGCCAUCCUAGCAGGCACAGCGCUCCCUCUCCUCAUGUUCCUGCUCUGGGACGCCGCCAUCCUCGGCACCGCUCCCCUCCCGCCGUCUCCCCAACCACUCGUCGACGCCCUCACCAUUGCUUCCGAUGCUGCAGCUUCUGCUGCUGCGGCGCCGUCUGCAGCGGUGGCUGCUGUGGAAACUAUGAAGGUGGUGGAUCCACUGGCUCGCCUUCAGCAGAUUGACCCUUCCGUAGGGGGGGCGGUGCAGCUGUUUUCCUUCUUUGCCAUAGCCACGUCCUACAUUGGCUUCAUCCUCGGCCUCUCUGACUUCCUUGCUGACGCGCUCAAGCUCCCAUCAGGUCGGGGGCGCACCCCUCUGCCGUACAUCCUCACACUCGCCCCGCCGCUCGCCUUCUCUCUCUCCAACCCCGACCUGUUCUUUACAGCUCUCGACCUUGCAGGCACAUACGGAGUGCUGGUACUGUUUGGCAUCCUACCAGCAGCCAUGGCAUGGGUGGAUCGCGCCUCUCUCCGCCCAGUCACAGACCAGCCACGCCUUGUCCCGGGUGGCAAUGUCACACUCACGCUCAUUAUUGGCUUCGCUCUCACCAUUAUCACAAACGAGUUUGCAUCCAACUUUAUCCGCUGA